AUGUUCGAGAUUGAGAUCCAUUUUAAUCCCAAAGCUGUUGCAACCCCUCUGUCCAACUGGACAAACAUCUUCAUUGAAAAACCAAAUCCAGUUCUUAGAGGACCAUCACAGACCUGGCUGACUGAGGGAGACUCAGUGACUCUGAGCUGUGAGGUUAGAGGCUCCAAUACAGGCUGGAGAUUCCACUGGUACAAGACUGCCCCCUACAGUCCUGAGUUGGUACAUGUGUUACAUGAGAAGAGGGAAUAUUCUCUACAGCUGGUCUCAGACAGCAUCAGUGGAGCUGGAGGCUCCUACACUCUCAGCCCAGCUGUUCUUAGACACACAGGGGUUUAUGUGUGUAGAGCAGAGAGAGGAGAGCCAGCCUAUCACACAGAGUUCAGCCAACCUCAGCCACUCUGGGUCACAGGUCUUUUUCCUGCAUCCUCUGUGGUUGCCAGUCCCAAUACAAAUCAACACUUUACACUUGAUUAUCUUUCCCUGAGCUGUGAGAGGAGUGGGAACUCAACUGGAUGGAGAUUGAUAUGGUUCUCCAAAUCGACAGUGUGUGACAUGUGUCCCUCUGGCUGGACAUCAGAAACAGGAUCCACCUGCAUCACCAGAUCAGCAUCAUCAUCAGACAGUGGCGUUUACUGGUGUCAGUCUGAGUCUGGAGAGCAGAGUAAUCCUGUCAACAUCACAGUGCAUGAUGGUAAUGUAAUCCUGGAGAGUCCUGCCCAUCCUGUGACUGAGGGAGAUCCUCUGACCCUGCGCUGUAGAUAUCGCUAUAAGCCAUCAAACAUCAGUGCUGACUUCUAUAAAGAUGGGACACUCCUCCAGACCUCCACCACAAGGGAGAUGACCAUCCCUGCAGUGUCAGAGUCACAUGAAGGAGUCUAUAAGUGCAGGAACCCAGAGAAAGGAGAGUCACCAGAGAGCUGGGUCACAGUCAGAGGUUGGAAAGGUUAGUAGUUAUGUAUUGGUUUUCAUCAGUGGAAUUAGAUUUUCAGUGACAGCCAUGUUGAUGUGUGUUGUUGUGUUUCACAGUUUCAGAUUCUGAGUCCUCUAAUUUGGUGGUAGCAGUGGGCGUAGUGGUGGGACUGCUUAUAGCCUUUGCUCUGGUUAUUUUACUAGUCCUGCUGUAUCGCUCCCGCAAGGUCAACGGUUCAGGCUCAGUGACACCAAACCC